AUGGUAACACCUGCACAGGAUGCGGGACAGGUACAGGAUGGUAACAACACCUGCACAGGAUCGGUACAGGUACAGGAUGGUAACGACAGCACAGGAUCGGUACAGGAUACAGGAUGGCAACGACACCUGCACAGGAUCGGUACAGGAUACAGGAUGGCAACGACAAUCGGCCGAGUUACACCAGGAAUACACAAUACACCCUCCGUCAGUGCUCAGACUGUCCGCAAUAGGCUGAGAGAGGCUGGACUGAGGGCUUGUAAGGCAGGUCCACAAAAGACAUCACCAGCAACAACAUCGCCUCUGGGCACAAACCCCUCCGUCGGUGGACCAGACAGGACUGGCAACAACAUCGCCUCUGGGCACAAACCCCUCCGUCGGUGGACCAGACAGGACUGGCAACAACAUCGCCUCUGGGCACAAACCCCUCCGUCGGUGGACCAGACAGGACUGGCAACAACAUCGCCUCUGGGCACAAACCCCUCCGUCGGUGGACCAGACAGGACUGGCAACAACAUCGCCUCUGGGCACAAACCCCUCCGUCGGUGGACCAGACAGGACUGGCAACAACAUCGCCUCUGGGCACAAACCCCUCCGUCGGUGGACCAGACAGGACUGGCAACAACAUCGCCUCUGGGCACAAACCCCUCCGUCGGUGGACCAGACAGGACUGGCAACAACAUCGCCUCUGGGCACAAACCCCUCCGUCGGUGGACCAGACAGGACUGGCAACAACAUCGCCUCUGGGCACAAACCCCUCCGUCGGUGGACCAGACAGGACUGGCAACAACGUCGCCUCUGGGCACAAACCCCUCCGUCGGUGGACCAGACAGGACUGGCAACAACUGCUCUUCCCUGACGAGUCGUGGUUUUGUCUCACCAGGGGUGAUGGUCGGAUUUGCGUUUAUCGCCGAAGGAAUGAGUGUUACACCGAGGCCUGAAGAGCCCGGAUCUCAAUCCCAUUGA